AUGGCCAGCGCAACUAGAAAAGACCUGCUCAAGAAGGUCUACAACAUGGUACCGCCCAUGCUCGAGAGCUUUCACAAAGGCCAAUUGGGUCGUGUAGCUGUCAUUGGUGGCAGUGAAGACUACACUGGUGCGCCUUACUUUUCUGCUAUGGCAUCCGCAAAGCUAGGUUGCGACAUGUCCCAUGUAAUUUGCGAACCCGGCGCCGGUGCGGUAAUCAAGACGUACUCUCCCAACCUCAUGGUACAUCCAUACAUGCGCCAAUCGAAGAACCUCGCCAAGUCCGAGAGCGCAGACAGCAUCACCUCGGAAGUAGUAGCCAUGCUAUCACGUCUCCACGUCAUCGUCAUUGGUCCCGGUCUUGGUCGCGAUGAACUUAUGCAAGAAACCUGCGCACAGGUCAUCCAGGAGGCAAGGAAACAGGGCAUCCCAUUUGUGCUGGACGCCGACGGCCUCUACCUCGCUCAGACAAGGCCGGAACUCGUGGAUGGCUGCACUGAAUGCAUUCUCACUCCCAACGUUGUCGAGUUCGCAAGGCUAGCCAAGGCCAAGGGCGUAAAUGUCGACGAAGGCGAUCCCUCAGAGCUAUGCGCCAAGCUGUCAAAGGCAUUCGGCGGCGUCACCAUCAUUCAGAAGGGCGCCAAGGACUACAUCUCCAACGGUUCGCACACACUCGUGUCCGAGGGCGAGGGUGGUCUGAAGCGCUCUGGUGGCCAAGGUGACACUCUUACUGGCAGUCUGGCGACCCUGUUGGCGUACAGGAAAGCAUACCACGACAAGAUCUGGGACAUUGGCACUGAGAUGUCAAGGAGCGAGACGCUUGCUCUUGCGGCGUAUGGUGGAUCAUGCAUCACCAGGGAGUGCUCGAAGCUGGCGUUCAAGGAGAAGGGCAGGUCGCUGCAAGCCAGUGACUUGACUGGCCAUGUACACACUGCUUUCCUCAACGUCAUUGGCGAGAGGGAGGAGACUCCCAUGUUGUGA